CGAGGCGAGCUCAUCCGCGAAGCGUCCGCCAUUAUCUGGGACGAAGCCCCCAUGGCCAAGAGCGCCGUCCUGGACUGCGUCGAGGAGACCUGCAGGCGCGUCAUGCGCAACGACCUCCCCUUCGGUGGCAAGAUCGUUGUUCUGUUGGGAGACUUCCGCCAGACGUGCCCCGUCGUGCCCCAAGGCACCCGCCGCCAGGUCGUG